CGCCGCCGCAUCGGCAUCCUUAGAAUUAUCAUUCGCGGCGCAAACAAAGGAUUGCUCGCGGGCGGAUAUUGAGAACACCUAUCAGAUUCUUGAUCUUGACGCACACGAACCGUCCCGCCGCCAUGGAUAUCCGAGUAUUGCAAAGUACAGACAUUCCGCAUGUCCAACAAACGAACAUUACCAACCUUCCCGAGAACUACUUCUGCAAAUACUACAUGUACCAUGCAUUGAGUUGGCCCGCAUUAAGUUACGUCGCCGUUGAUGUUUCAAGACCGAAGAAGACACCAUAUGACGCGCCGAAGAUUGUAGGAUAUGUCCUCGCCAAGAUGGAAGAAGAUCCCGCCGACGGCAUUCCUCAUGGACACAUCACAUCCCUCAGCGUCAUGCGCACACACCGGAGAUUAGGACUUGCCGAGAAGCUCAUGCGUCAGAGUCAACGAGCCAUGUACGAAACCUACGGCGCCAAAUACGUCUCUCUCCACGUCCGUAUCUCCAACAUUGCCGCCCUCGCGCUCUACCGGGAUACCCUGGGCUUCAAAGUCGGCGGUACCGAAGCGAAAUACUACGCUGAUGGAGAGGAUGCCUUCAGCAUGCGAAUGGAUCUGGAUUACUUCAAAGAGGAUGUUCUCGAGGACGAUUUUGGUGCGGAAGAGGAGGGUUCUCCAUCACUAGGCAAGGACGAAGGCGAUGCGGUGGGGAGUGCGGGGUCGCAGGGCGAUGCGACGGCGGCGAAGAAGGAGGACUUGAGGACUGUGAAGGUCGGGAGACCGAUUGGUGUGGGAGAGUUGGUGGAGAGGAAUGAGAGCGUGAAGGCCAAUUGAGGGGUGGGUAUGGAGAAUGAGUAAACGAGCGAAUGAAUGAAUGCGGAUAAAUAAACGAACUGAUACCACCCGAUCAUGGGUUACAAAAGCUACGAGCGAAGCGCUGGUCUCAUUGUGAAUGGGCGGAAUGUUGACUCAAGUACAUUCCUGCUGGAAUAUGUCGACAUGUACGAUCACAGCAAGAAGCGACGAGAGAAACAUAAACUUCUUCGCGCUUAUUGACGAUAUCGACUUCAAAGAAUUUCAUCAAUAGAUCUAGCUACUAUCGCUCUGGCUACAUGUAAUUGAUCACAUUCCUCCGCUAGUUGUAAAUCUUACUCCGCUAGUUGUAAAUCUUACUCCCAACGUCA